UGUCAUUUCCCUGUUCGCAUACUGUGUGCCAAGUCUCGUGGUUUUGUUUGUGCAUCACGAGUGGUCGGGCCUGGAAGUGAUUAGGCAGGAUUUGCCAUGCAAAUCCAUUUGGGAUUUAGCAAUGGCCAGGAGAUUAAGGCCUUGGGAGUUGGCCAAUUAGCUGGCCUUUUUUAAGAUCCUUGAAGAGGGACCCACUGGGGAAGAUGUGAGGGCAAAUCGCAGAGCUGCGAGAAGCCCACAGCCUUCUCUAUAGGAGUCAGAGAAGCCGCUGCCUGGUCUCUGGAGGCUACCUCUGCCUCCUCAGCACAAGCCACCAUGGCUCCCAAAGUUGUAUUGAUAACAGGAUGCUCAUCCGGGAUUGGGCUGGCAUUGGCUGUGAAACUAGCACAGGACAAGCAGAGGAGGUUCAAAGGUGAGCUUCUUUAAACAGUGUUUUGUGAAACAACAUUUUUUAAAAAAUGUGUACAAUAUAGUUGAUUUUUUUCUCUCUGCCUAGUUUCCUUUUAAUCUGAUGCAGCUACGCAAAAUGACAUGAUCAGGUUGUUUGCUUUUCCAAUUUCUUUCCUGUUGGAUUCGCUUCUAAGUUUCCAGCAUUUAGCAUGGAUGGUGGUGGUGUAGAGAGCCCUUUGCUAGCCUGGAUGAGUGUAUUCAGGGCACCUAUCUUAUCUUCAACUUCUUACCCUCCCUUCACCAUGACGUCCCAGGGUGGGUAAGAACAGAGCAAUUACGCAAUUUGAAAGCAAAUACCUAAUGCAACACCAAAACGACAAUUUAAAAUAGAGCGAAAAGGUAAAUUCAAAAUUAAAUGCAUAAUUCUGUUUAAUUGUUUAUACCCAUAGUUGCCAGCAUGUUGAUCCAAUGAACUUGCCAUGGAUAUAAGAAAUAGUUACCUGAAGGCUGUAACAUGCCCUGUAGCCCUGAGGCAGGACCAUCUCUUAACAUCCUGUUUAGGGAAGUUUUUAAUGUUUGGUGUUUUAUCGUGUUUUUAAUAUUCUGUUGGGAGCUGUCCAGAGUGGCUGGGGAAACUCAGCCAAAUGGGUGGGAUAUAAAUAAUAUAUUAUUAUUAUUAUUAUUAUUAUUAUUAUUAUUAUUACUGCACAGUGCUGAGCUUCCAACUGUGGUUUUGAGUGUUUCCUAGAAUGAGUGUGUUAUCAAACAAAUGCAGGGAUCAUUAGUAGUCUGGCUGCAAGCUUUUUAAUUAGCUGCUGAUUGUAUUGUAGUAGCUUUUAAAUUUGAUUCUGGUGAUGCAUCACCUUACAGCUGCUAAAGAAUUAAAAUCUGUCGAUUUUGUCUACUGACUUCUAUUCUCUAGCUCCAGUUUCAGUUGGAAACUCAGACUUAAACUACAUCUAAAAAAACACACACCGAACCUCCGGUGUUUUCCUGUUCAGCCAUUUUGAAAACCUGCACUUCCAGGAUUGAAAUUUGGAACUGUGGUUUAGGGUUGCCAACUUGAACACCAGGAAAAGGGGGGGAUGGGGACAAGCCUGCCAUUGUGCCCUUAAGAGCAGCACGAUACACUGAAAUUAGCAGGUGAACUAUAUCAUAACAUAGAAAUAAACAUUAUCCAUCAGUUGAAGGCUUUAGGCCACACUGUUGCUGCUGCUGCUGCUGCUGCUGCUGAUAAUAAUAAUAAUAAUAAUAAUAAUAAUAAUAAUAAUAAUUUAUUUAUACCCCGCCCAUCUGGCUGAGUUUUCCCAGCCACUCUGGGUGGCUCCCAAUCGAGUGUUAAAAACAAUACAGCAUUAAAUAUUAAAAACUUCUCUAAACAGGGCUGCCUUCAGAUGUCUUUUUAAGCUAAGAUAGCUGCUUAUUUCCUUGACAUCUGGUGGGAGGAUGUUCCAAAGGGCGGACGCCACUACCAAGAAGGCCCUCUGUCUGGUUCCCUGUAACCUCGCAAUGAGGGAACUGCCAGCAGGCCCUUGGCGCUGGACCUCAGUGUCCGGGCUGAACGAUGGGGGUGGAGACGCUCCUUCAGGUAUACAGGACUGAGGCCGUUUAGGGCUUUAAAGGUCAGCACCAACACUCUGAAUUGUGCUCAGAAACAUAUUGGGAGCCAAUGUAGGUCUUUCAGGACCGGUGUUAUGUGGUCUCGGUGGCCGCUCCCAGUCACCAAUCUAGCUGCCGCAUUCUGAAUUAAUUGCAGUUUUCGGGUCACCUUCAAAGGUAGCCCCAUGUAGAGCACAUUGCAGUAGUCCAAGCGGGAGAUAACUAGAGCACAGCUCCUGCAGACAGUUUAAAAGUUGGCAACUUAGGUUGGGUACUUUGGAAAUUAAAAAAAUGUCCUUUAUAGCCCCAGCUAUGAGGGUUUGACAAUUUGGGCAAGGUGGAAUGUAAAAGCUUUGGUCUCAAAGUCGGAGUGGAACUGAGGAUGGUUUGGGACUGAGUGACGAAAGCUCCUGUGUUCCAGUGAUUGCCACAAUGAGGAAUGUGGCCAAGAAGGAGAAGCUGGAAACCGCUGCAGGGGCUGCUCUCAACAAGACGCUGGAGAUCAAACAGCUGGAUGUCUGCGACGAGAAAUCCAUCCGCAGCUGCGUCAACAGCAUCCCCCAACGGCAUAUUGACAUCCUCAGUGAGUAUCCAAAAGGUUUGCUGCAUUAUCUGUCACCCGGAGUAAGGAUUGUGUUAGAAGGAGGUGCGCAGUGAAUCAGAACCCCUGCCCCACCAAAAAUAAGUGGGGGCUCUCUCUUUUUCCUUUCUUUUUAACCCAGAAGGAAUACUUGGGGUGAGGUAGCAGCAACGGCAGUAAGAUGAUGGGGAUGGAAGGACUUGCUUGGGACGUCCCUAGAUGUUUACAUUGUGCACGUGUAUGCUAAUUCCUACACACACCCAGUGGUGGACCUACAUUUUUGGGGCCCCAAAGCUCGAACGGUUAUGGGGCCCCUUCACAACCAGCAACGAAGUCUGGGUAACCACUGUUAUGUUAUCUUCUUCAAAGGGUUUGUUCCACGACACAUCGCCACGAAUUCUCCAUGAGUUUGCGUUUUUGGUAUCCGCUUAUGAACUCAUUUUUAUUCCUCUAGGAUUUUGACCACUUUUUAAAAAGUGGUGGUGGAGAAUACAUUAGCCACAGCAGAACAGCCAAUUUACCGCAACACUCCGCAUUGACAUCAUUUGUGUUACUGACUCUCAAACUUUGAGAUUGUUGAAAUACAUACGGCAAAACAUUAGUCAAUUUUUGUGAGACUCAAAUUGGGUGACUCAGUUUGGGUCUACUAAUUUGGGACUUGGGGACUCAAGUCAUUUCUGGGGGCCCUGAGAGAUCCACAAGAUUCCAGAUUGGUUCCUAGUAGAGCCUCUUGCAAGUCUGGGACUGUGAUUAAAGAAAAAGAAGAAGACAUUGCGUGUCAGAUUAUUGUGAUCUGUGUAGGUCAAGAAUGUUAACCAGAGAUGGGUUGCAGUAGGGAUAAAUAGAGUAGUGUAGGGGGGAUUGUCCUCUGAAAAAUUAUGGAACAAUGGGGUCCAAUGUGACCAUUUUGCCUACACUCCUUAGUCCCAUAUCGUGCUGUGCCAAUCUAAAGCCUUCCGGAUUGGAUUAGAAAUUUACUAGAACAACACUCAAGCCAAGGGUUGCUUAGGUCCUUGGCAAAAGAUCACAGUUGUGCAGGAUAAUAAUGCUCACUCUCUGUGGGUAGAAACAGACAUUCAGAAACCACACAGUAGCUGCUUAAAAAUUUGCAGUAAGGUGGUGUGCAUGUGCAGUUAUCACUUGAGACUGAAGAAUCAAGGAGUGACACUCGUGACUGGAUGACCGCAGGUCAAAUAACCCCCAGCAGAAUGCUCAUUUUACCAGAUGCAAUGUCAUCUUUGCUACUGCUGCUCCCCACCUCACCCCCAAAUAAAACCCUGGCAUUCCAGAAAUGGAAAGGCGGCUCUGGAAUCUUGUCUGGUGGGAUAGAAUGAGGGCAGAGAAAGGGUUAACCAUUCCCCUGCCCCCCUGAAGCUGCCCUGCUCCCAUCACGUUUCUUUGGUGGAAAAGCAGCCAAAUUUCCCAGAAAAGUGUGUCCGCACCCUUAGGUAGAGAGAGGCAACUGAAUUUAGGUAUCAUAAAAGGCCAGUAAAUGGUUAGCUGUUACAUUUUUACUAGCAUGGUAAGUUACUUGCACGGCCCCAAUGGGAUUUUCCACCUCAGCUGUCCAAAAAUAACUUGACCAGUUUUAGGUAUUCUGCACAGUGACUUUGGCAGGCGGAGGGGAGCAGCACCACUUUCUGGUUGCCUCAGGCAAUAAAAUGUCUUGGGAUGGCCAUUCCCAGACAUGCAGCUAACAACAAACACACAGCUCUGGCCUAAUGUGAGCCAGCGUGGUGUAGUGGUUAAGAGCAGUAGACUCAUAUUCUGGUGAACCAGGUUCGUGUCUCCACUCCUCCACAUGCAGCUGCUGGGUGACCUCGGGCUAGUCACACUUCUCUGAAGUCUCUCAACCUCACUCACCUCACAGUGUUUGUUGUGGGGGAGGAAGGGAAAGGAGAAUGUUAGCCGCUUUGAGAUUCCUUUGUUGUUGUUGUUUAGUCGUUUAGUUGUGUCCGACUCUUCGUGACCCCAUGGACCAGAGCACGCCAGGCACUUCUGUCUUCCACUGCCUCCCGCAGUUUGGUCAGACUCAUGUUUGUAGCUUCGAGAACACUGUCCAACCAUCUCAUCCUCUGUCGUCCCCUUCUCCUUGUGCCCUCCAUCUUUCCCAACAUCAGGGUCUUUUCCAGGGAGUCUUCUCUUCUCAUGAGGUGGCCAAAGUAUUGGAGUCUCAGCUUCAGGAUUUGUCCUUCCAGUGAGCACUCACGGCUGAUUUCCUUCAGAAUGGAUAGGUUUGAUCUUCUUGCAGUCCAUGGGACUCUCAAGAGUCUCCUCCAGCACCAUAAUUCACCAUAAUUGAGACUCCUUAGGGUAGUGAUAAAGCGGGAUAUCAAAUCCAAACUCUUCUUCUUCUCUUCUAAUAUCUUGUGAAACGCCAGCUGGAUUACCUGUCUGCAUCUCCACAGUUACACACUCGUAGUUUAAUAUGGCAAUCAUCUAGUCGUCAGUGUGAAGCAGUUCUCAGUUUCCCCAAGUGUCUGAGAACAUGGGAACGGGCUGGAAUGGGGUAACAUUGGCUCUACCAUUGGGCUAGAGCGGGAAUGGGGAAACUGCAGCCCUUCAAAUGUUGCUGGACUCCAACUCCCUCAGCCCCAGCCUGUUUCCACUGCUCCCUUCCUCUCACUGAACACCAAGGGUGGGGCUCACAAUAAGAUCUUUUGUCUGCCUGUUGCAGUCAACAACGCUGGCGUUGGUCUUAUUGGUCCCAUCGAGUGCCAGACCAUCGAAGAGAUGAAGGCCAUCAUGGAGACCAACUUCUUUGGCGUGGUGAGGAUGAUUAAGGAGGUCCUCCCUGACAUGAAGAAAAGGCGGAGUGGCCACAUUGUGGUCAUCAGCAGUGUCAUGGGUUUGCAAGGUAAGGUUGUUGUUUUCUUGGCUAAGUCUUCAUUCACACAAGCUUUUUUCAGCCUUGUUCGCAAGCCCAGAUUUUAAGAAGCAAUUUCCUUUCUGUGUGGAUAGUGCAUUAUGCAGCUUAGCCCACUAGGUGGCACUGAGCGGAUUUGCAUCCGGGUGAAGUCAGGAGUUCCCUGUGUCUGUUUUCUUCCUAUGAAGAGAGACAAUAAGGUAUUUUUUUGCCAAAUUUCUGACUGGUGCAUCUUCCUCUAAGUCUUCCAUGUCACCUGCUUCCUGUGACUCAACCUCUAUGCCUUCCUUACUUAUUUAUAAGUAAGCUCUUUAUACGCUGCCCUCUCAAUUACAUACCAUUAAUAUAUUUAAAAGAAGACGCAAUACAGAAUAACUAUUACAAUGGCUGGCUACUGCAUUCAUAAGAACAUUGCCUACUAAGCUAAAUCAGUCAAAGGGUACAAAUAGGCACUUUCCCAUCUCCUGGGAAACACACAAACAGCAAAACAUGAUGGCCAUUCUGUGUUGUUUGUCACCAGUAUCUGAUGUUUUGAGGUAGGCCACCUCCAGAGACAGAUUCAUGGAGGAUAAGGCUCUGUUCUGUUUCCACUGUCAGAGGCAAUAUAUCUCUGAAUGCCAGAGGCUGAGAAUCACUGGUGAGAAGAGGGUAGCUGGGUGGGUCUUUCCUCGGAGGCAGUGGGCUCUUGUGAUGUUCUCUGAACAGAGGCUCCCUUUAGAUUAGGAUCAAUAGCCACUGACAGACCUAGCCUCUUAAUAAAUCGUCUAGAUCCGGCUUCCUCAACCUCAGCCCUCCAGAUGUUUUGAGACUACAAUUCCUAUCAUCCCUGACCACUGGUUCUGCUAGCUAGGGAUCAUGGGAGUUGUAGGCCAAAAACAUCUGGAGGGCUGAGUUUGAGGAAGCCUGAUCUAGAUCUUUUUCUUAGCAAGCUAAGGCUUUGUUUGCACAUGUGCAGCAGAAUGAGGUGGGUAAAUCCCAAGGGGGCAGAAGGACAGACUCAAAUUUUGAAUAUUUUCUCAUCUAAAAUAAAAACCAGAAACAAAAAACCCCUGCAAGUAAAUAGCUAGCACAUAUGGGGAAUUUUUAUCCCAGCCCAUUUUGCCAUGCCAGUUUUCACUUGCAGGGAGGGUGUGUGUGAGAGAGAGAAACCUUCAAAAUGUGGCUUAUUCACUUGCUGUCUGGAGUGCCGAACACUUUAGCUGCACAUAAACUCCAUGUGAAAGUAGCAAAAAAGGAUCAGGGUGGCUGGUGUAGGGGACUUUUAAGCAGAUAACAGGUCUUUUUUUUUUCUUGUUUAAGUUAAGAUUUUAUAGUACAGUGUUACCUUGGGUUAAGAACUUAAUUCGUUCUGGAGGUCCGUUCUUAACCUGAAACUGUUCUUAACCUGAGGUACCACUUGUGCUAAUGGGGCCUCCCGCUGUCCCCGCGCGAUUUCUGUUCUCAUCCUGAGGUAAAGUUCUUAACCUGAGGUACUAUUUCUGGGUUAGCAGAUUCUGUAACCUGAAGUGUCUGUAACCGGAGGUACCACUGUACUCUGUAUAGUAUGCAUGCCCCCUCUCUCUGUAUAUGUUUGUGUAUGUACACACACACACACACACACCUCCAUUGUAACUUGUGUAACUGUCAUUUUAUAUUGAAAUGUUGCCUGAAAGUUGUCAAAGCCAGUGGCUCAUACAAUAAAUCUGAUGCCUUAAUAAACGAGGACAUAAUUAAUUUUGUUUGACUUGGCCAUCAGAAUGGUCUGCCUGCAGGAUUUGUCUGUGUCCAGCCUCUUGCUAAUCUCUUCUUUUUCAGGCAUCGUGUUCAAUGACAUCUACACAGCUUCCAAAUUUGCCAUUGAGGGCUUCUGCGAAAGCCUCAUCAUCCAGGCGCUCAAGUUCAAUAUCUUGUGAGUGGCUAAUCGGCAAGUGAUGCUUUUAGACCCCUUCUCCUCCCCUGCCAUGCCUAUACAGUUAGGGUUGCCUUCUUUUGCAUUUCUGGCAAGUCUCCUUCGGUUUCGACAGCUGCAAAAGCGGAAGGAGUUCAACAGGGGUAGCUUUUUUCCGGUUGAAAGAGUCUAGUGAACGGAAGAGCUUCACUUCAUGAAUUUAUGGCAGGGGGGGAAAGUGGUCACUUUAAAUAAUGGUAAUAAGUGGUGCUAUUCACAGGAUAAAACAGCUGGUGGUCAGACGAAAUUCACUCUGAUCAGAUCAGAGUUAGCAUCUCCCUUUGGGUAGUUUAGCUCUUCAGGAGGGGUAAGUGGGGAAACAGGGAGAAUUCAAGUUUAUUUAUGGCUCAUUUGUCUCAAAGUGGGGUGACAACCUCACUACACAUUUAAAGCAGUACUAUACCACUUUAAGCAUUCAUGGCUUCCCAUUCCCAAAGAAUUCUAGGAACUGGAGUUUAUUAAGUGCGCUGAAAAUUGUUAAGAGAUCCCUAUUCCCCUCAUGAAACUGCAAUUCUAAUAAUUCUGUGGGGGUUCCCUUUGGACUCUUUUCUUUUCUUUUCUUUUCUUUUCUUUUCUUUUCUUUUCUUUUCUUUUCUUUUCUUUUCUCUUCUCUUCUCUUCUCUUCUCUUCUCUUCUCUUCUCUUCUCUUCUUUUUCUUUUGCUAGCAGGCCAUGUUGAAUCCAGCCUGCUUUUUUAAGAAUCACAAAUAGGAGCUAAGGCAUGGGGGGGGGGCUACAUAAAUAAAGGAUUUUGAACAGUAUAUAUUUAGGAUUGGCGUUCUCCCCCCCCCAAUAUAGCUUCCAAAUUAGCCGCUUUUUCAGUCAUGGUUCGCUACAGUCAUACCCAGAAUAGACAGGGUGACUGAGGUUAGUCAUCUGUAUUGAUCUGAAUGGGCUUACUCUGCGUAUGACUUAGUUGGAUCGAGCGCAGCCGUUUCUCACUGCCACUUCCACUCCCUCCAACAAUUGCUCAUAGCCUGACUUGGCCUCUUCUGUGCCUCUGGAACAUGGUGGCUCCCUUCCUCACAGCCGAAAUGGAGGGAGGACCCCACAGGCACCAGAAAAGAAUGCCUGGCUUAAGGAUGAACCUUACAUAUUGUGUGCUUGGCUUGUAGUGUCAGUUUGAUAGAGCCUGGCCCAGUCGUGACCGAGUUUGAGAUGAAGGUCUAUGAAGACGCAGAGAAAGCUGACUAUUCCCAGACGGAUCCUGAGACUGCAGAAAUAUUCACCAAUGUCUACCUGAAAAAUUCGAAGGCCAUCUUCUCCAGUUUGGGCCAGACCCCUGAAGAUGUAGCUGAGGUGAAAAAAAAACUAAUGUCUUCUUUAUGUGUGACAAGGGCUGCCAUUUAUGAUGAUGAUGAUCAUCAUCAUCAUCAUCAUUACCGGUAUAUCAUCAUCAUCAUCAUCAUCACUUGCAGGAAUUUCUAUGCUGCUCAAGACACAAAAUUCCAGAUCGCUGCACAUUUUAGGAUUGGAAAGCACUUGUAGAACCAAGCAUAGGGGGAAAACAGCACAGCAUCUUCAGUAGAAUGGACAACCUGGCUGGUUCACACCACAGGCAAAGUCUGUGAGAAUAUAAAAGCUUUAAGCCCAUGUCUAAAGCAACCAUUCUGAAGCUUGGGGCGCCCGACAUUGUUAGACUACAACUCCCAUUGUUCCCGACCACUGGUCCUGCUAGCUAGGGAUGAUGGGAGUUGUAGUUGUUAGGCUAUCCCUGUCCAGGUAGGGGUGCCACUGAGGCCACCCAAGUCUCAAGCAGCAGCAAUGCAUCCAAAAUUACCCCCAAACUGCAUACCCGCUCCUUCAGAAGGAAUGUAACCCCAUCGAAAGCAGGCAGCCUCCCAUCCAACUGGUUAGAUGCAAAUUAACAGUCUCUCACCCAAUGUUGCUCAAGAAUUCAAAGAAACAAACAAAAAAAACCACAACAGUGCAGUAUUGAAUGGUGCAGUCUGCCAUCUUGAUUCAAGUUGUAUCCAAGCACGGGUGGAAACCUGCUCCUUGAUCACAGGAACCAUCUUGCAAAAUUUGGUUAAGGUAUCUGAACACAUACAGAACAGACAAACAACUUUCUAAAAUAUAUAGCGGAUGUGGUCAACUGAUUAAUCGUAGGAGUUUUAGUAGGUUCCAUUGAUUAAUCAACUAAGGCUGGAUCUACACUGACCUUUUUAAUGUUAUUAGAAAGAUACUAGAUAUAUAGUUCUAAAACGUCACAGGGCACUGGCAAAUAAAAAAUGCUCCUUACCUUGUUUUUUACCGUAACAAUAGAGUUUCUCUAUUGCAGGUUCCCGGUUGCUCAGCAGCUCCCUCUGGUGUCAAAUAAUAGUAAUAAUAAUAAUAAUAAUAAUAAUAAUAAUAAUAAUUUAUUCAUUCAUUCAUUCCCCACCCAUCUGGCUGGAUUUCUCCAGCUACUCUGGGCAGCUCCCAACAGAAUUGAUGAUGAUGAUGUUGAUGACAAUAAUAAUAAUAAUAAUAAUAAUAAUAAUAAUAAUAAUGUGAUAAAACAUCAGACAUGAAAAGCUUCCCUAAACAGGGCUGCAUUCAAAUAUCUUCUAAAAGUUGGAUAGUUGUUUAUUUCCUUGACAUCUGAUGGGAGAGCGUUCCACAGGGCAGGCACCACUACCGAGAAGGCCCUCUGCCUGGUUCCCUGUAACCUCACUUCUCACAGGGAGGGAACCGCCAGAAGGUCCUCGGAGCUGGACCUCAGUGUCUGGGCUAAACGAUGGAGGUGGAGACGCUCCUUCAGGUAUUGUGAGGGAGGGUGGGCUUUGGAGUGCAACCCCAUCUGCAGAGCCACAGGUUUCCCAGCUCUGCCUUUGUGUGGAUGUCCCCUGGCAUUUAUUUACGUGGGUGUCCUGUGUUUCCCUCCGCAGCACACGCUGAAGGUCAUCACCACGGCCAAGCCGCCCUUCCGCCACCAGACCAACGCCAUCUACACGCCCAUGACGGCUCUCAAGCACGCCGACCCCACCGGGGCCUUGAUGACCGACUCGUUCUACAAGAUGGUCUUCAAAUAUGAUACCCUCUUGCACGUCAGCCUGAAGGCCAUUCGGCUGAUCCGCUGGCAAGCCCAGAAAAUGAGGCAAGGAGCUAGGUUGUUGGGCUUCAGAUGAGGAGGCCCUUCAGAGGCCGGAGAGAGAGAGACUGGGGAACGGAAGAUCCCAAAACAGAUUCACUUCUCUUUUUACCAAACUUUCUGUUCGCACAUUUGAAACACUUUAAAACCCUCAAUUCUAUUCUCACUACUUCUGACUAGGCUUUUUGUUUUUUGUAAUUCGCACCCUGGAGCCCUGCUUUGUGUUUAUUUGCAUGCUUUAACCCCCGUUCUCCCUUUGAAUUGCCCCAGAGAUGAGGUUGAAAGGCCCGUGUUCAUGCAGAAGCUGAGUAGGAGCAGCAGCAG